UAUUUUAUUUUAUUUUUUUAAGGAAAUAUAAAACUGAUCUUUUAUAUUUAUCAAUAUUGCAAAUAAAUUAAGAGAACAUUAGCCCUCAGCCGCUGUAGUUGAAAGGCAGCCCACAAAGCCCAUCAAGAUCACCAUCACUCAUCGGCUCGCUGCAGUUGUAUUGCCUUUCUUCGUAGUCGCACUCGUAAUUCUAACCAGGGAAAGGGCAGCAUCUACACACGCAGAGAAGAUGUUUUUCCACAUAGUAUUGGAAAGGAACAUGCAAUUGCACCCACGCUACUUCGGCCGCAACCUCCGUGAAAAUCUCGUAUCCAAGCUCAUGAAAGAUGUCGAGGGCACUUGCAGUGGUCGACAUGGAUUUGUUGUUGCAAUAACAGGAAUAGAGAACAUUGGGAAAGGGUUGAUCCGAGAUGGAACAGGAUUUGUGACAUUUCCAGUGAAGUACCAGUGCGUUGUGUUCAGACCUUUUAAAGGAGAGAUUUUGGAAGCUGUUGUUACAAUGGUAAACAAGAUGGGAUUUUUUGCAGAAGCUGGGCCUGUUCAAAUUUUUGUUUCAAAUCAUUUAAUACCUGAUGAUAUGGAGUUCCAGUCUGGAGAUAUGCCAAACUACACAACUUCGGAUGGAUCAGUGAAGAUUCAGAAGGAUUGUGAAGUGAGAUUGAAGAUAAUUGGGACUCGAGUUGAUGCUACGGAAAUUUUUUGCAUUGGUACCAUAAAAGAUGAUUUCCUGGGUGUGAUAAAUGAUCCGGCAACUGCUUAGUGGAGUAGUGUACGAGAACUUUUGAUUGCAUCAAACUUCCCUGCAAUUGAAAUUGGAACGAUGCCAGUCAUACUUCAUUACGACUUACGAGAGGAGUAUUGACAUUUUUAAAUACAAUUUAUGUUGUAAUUUAAUAAUUUUAUAUUAGAAUAUAUGUUAAAUAUUAUAAAAAACAAUGGCAAUAAAGACUGUUGACAAGUCUAACAGAUUAUUAACCUUUUA